UUUUAUUUUGAUAGGCGGUAUGACCUAAUAAAGCUGCGCUGCGCUCCCUGCAUCAGUUGUGAUUCGGAUAAAGAAGAGUGUGCCAAACCCACAGAAUAACUGGUGAAGCGACUGAGAUACGCAAGACACAAAGAUGGCGUCUAUCAAAGAGGAGAGUGAAGAAAUUAAGAUUGAAGAAACGUUUAGAGUGAAAUAUGAAGAUACUGAGGAACAAACAGACCUGAAAGAGAUGGCACUGAAAGAGGAGAGUCCAGAACUGAAUGAGAUGGAGGGGAAAGAUCCGUAUGAAAAUCAUCAUGAUUUCAUGGCUGGAGAAAAAUCUACAGAGACUGAAAAGACAUCAUCACGAAAAAGUUGUCGUAACAAGUGUUUCACCUGCCAUCACUGUGGAAAGAGUUUCAAUCAUCUUGGAAACCUCAACGUUCACAUGAGAGUUCACACUGGAGAGAAGCCUUUCACCUGCCAACAGUGUGGAAAGAGUUUCAAUCAAAAACAAAACCUUAAAGUCCACAUGAGGCUUCACACCGGAGUCACCUCUUUCACAUGCCAACAGUGUGGAAAGAGUUUUAGUCAAAAAGGAAACCUUACAGUCCAUAUGAGAAUUCACACCGGAGAGAAGCCUUACACCUGCAAACAUUGCGGAAAGAGUUUCACAUAUAAAAACUACUAUAAUUCCCACGUGAGCAAUCACACUGGAGAGAAGCCGUACACAUGUGAUCAGUGUGGAAAGAGUUUCACACAUAAAGCAUCUUUUAAUUACCACAUGAAGAUUCAUUCAAGAGAGGAUUGUUUUGUAUGUCACCACUGUGGAAAGAGUUUCACCUAUAAAAUAAGCCUUAAGAAUCACAUGAGAGUUCACACUGGAGAAAAGCCUUAUUCAUGCACUCAAUGCGGAAGGAGUUUCACAUAUAAAGCCUCUUUUGACUCUCACUUGAGAAGUCACUCAGGAGAGAGGCCUUACACGUGCAACAUGUGUGGGAAAGGCUUCCCACAAAAAGGAAACCUUCAGACUCACAUGAGAAUUCACACUGGAGAGAGGCCGUUCAAGUGUCUUCAGUGCAAAAAGAGCUUCAGAUAUCAAAGAGAUUUGAAAAAUCAUUUGCAGACUCAUUGUGUAAAGAAAUUGGAGGGUGGUAAGAAGGUUAAAAAAAGGAGCCAUUUUAAAAUCACCGGCGCACACACCCUGGAGGAAGACAAUUUAAUUGUGAUCAGUGUAAUAAAAAAUUUAUUUUGCCAUUACACUUAG